AUGUCACAACCACCCACCAACACAAACAGCCACAAGAUGUGGGAUAAAACCAAGACCUACGGAAAAAUGGGCUUCGACAAAGCCUGGGGUGCCCUCGACAAGCUAGGCGCCCCCGUCAACCGACUCAGCAAUAAGCUGGGUGCCGAAGCUUUCUGGCCCAUGACCCUCGACAAAGAAAGCGAAAAGGUCGCCCGUAUUCUCCGCAGUUUCUGCAAAGAUGGAGUCUACGUGGACGAGCCAGCCGCGGACACUGCGCCUCCUGUCAACAGCAACGAAGCAUCAUCAUCGAAACAGAAAAUUGACAAGCCGCGCGGAAAGCAAAAGGUGUUGAAAAAGAUCCCCUCCGAGGUGAUCCGGCAGGCCAAGGGAAUAGUCGUGUUCACAGCCAUGAGAACGGGCUUGUGGUUCAGUGGAGCUGGUGGCAGUGGCAUUCUGAUUGCCCGGGUACCGGAGACCGGGGAGUGGAGUGCACCUUCCGGAAUCUUGUUGCACACAGCUGGUUUGGGAUUCCUUGUUGGUGCGGAUAUCUACGACUGCGUGAUGGUUAUCAAUACCUACGAGGCGUUGGAAGCAUUCACCAAGGUCAGAGUGACCCUGGGCAGCGAGAUUACUGUUGCCGCGGGCCCGAUUGGCAUGGGCGGAGUGUUGGAGUCGGAGGUGCACAAGCGCCGGGCGCCGAUUUGGUGUUAUGUCAAGAGUCGGGGUUUCUAUGCGGGGGUGCAGAUCGAUGGAACAAUUGUUAUUGAACGAAAUGAUGAGAAUGAGAGGUUCUACGGUCGGAAGAUUCCUGUCAAAGAGAUCCUGACGGGCCAUGUGCGCACGGAUAACCCGUCCGUGCGAAUGUUGACGCACACCAUUCGUUCCGCGCAGGGUGAUGCCAACUUUGACCAGGCUCCUGCUGGAGUGCAAGCGCCCAUGGGACCGAGUCCUAGUGAUUAUGCACCUGAGGAUCUUCAGCAUACUCAGAUGGUUCAUACUGGGGCGGCUCCAGGCGAGGGAGCACCAUAUCAACCAGGCCCUCAAUAUCCGCCUAGGCCCGAGUCUGGUCCUGGUCCGCAGUAUCAACCCGAGCCCCAGUACCAGUCUGGGCCUCAAUAUCAGCAAGGACCUCAACAAGGCCCUGGUCCGCAAUACCAGUAUCCGGGUGAUCCGCAGCACCAACAUGGUGCCCCAAAUCAGUCGAAUCCUCAAUAUCAGCAACCGGGUGCGCCUUACCAGCCUGGUCCCCAGUAUCACCCGGGCCAUCAGUAG